UUUAAUUAAAGACGAGUAUCCAGUUUCCAUUCGUCUUGGAGACAUUUCCAAUUCCCUCUUCUCUCUGAUGCUGAUAGUCGCACCAGUCGCAGACCACGGCUGCUAGGCACCUCAUAUCUCAACACAAACAAGGGAGGGUCACGUGAAGCGAUAGUCUCACCAACCGUUGGUUAGAAAUCUCGCAGUUGGCAUUCGCGAUCUGACUGCGUGCCACCUCCGCCCAGCUGCGUCUCACAUGGUUCUCCUCCGCCACAUCUCCAUCGCGCUGACCGCGGCGGUGGCCGCGUUUGGGUCAGCGCUGUUUAUCGUCCUGAGUCAUAUAUUCAAGAGACAAGUAUGGACACCAGAAGCGAAGUAUUACGCAAUUCACGAGGAGGAGGAGGAGCGGCGGGAGAAGCAGGUGCUGGUGCUGGGUCUGGAUGGUGCUGGGAAGAGCAGUGUGCUGCAGGGUCUGUCCACCUCCGCCGCUCUGCCUGGCCAGCGCUGCAAGCCCACGCGCGGCUUCAACUUCAUGCGCCUCAGCACCCCCCUCUGCCAGCUGGACUUCCUGGAGAUUGGCGGUGCGGAGGACCUGCGUGUGUACUGGGCCGAGUACCUGCGGCGGAGCCAUGUGCUGGUGUACGUGGUGGACUCGGCUGACCGGCGGCGGCUGCCCCAGGCCAAGAGCGAGCUGCACCGCCUCCUCAAGGCCAACGCCACACUGCCCGUCCUGGUGCUGGGCAACAAGCAGGAUAAGCCAGGUGCGGUCAGCAUGCCUGACCUGUACGAUGCCCUCUCGCUGGGCAGCGUGAGCGACGCACGGCAGAUGCUGCUGCUGCCAGCCCAGACGGCCACCAACGGCCACAGCGGCCACCGCGGCCUGCAGAGCUUCCAGGACACGCUGCUCAAGCUCUGAACACACACACACACACACACACACACUGACACACACGCACACGCAGGACAUGCUGCUCAUGCUCUGAAACAGCAUACACACACACACACACACACACACACACACAUAUGUUUUAGACAUAGUAGUAGCAGUAGCCUCUUGGACUGCAGAGUAGCGGCAGAUGCAGGAUAAAGACGCACAAGUCCCUGCUCAGUGUUUAUAAACAUUAAACUGUGGGGGGUCAAAGGUCAGAUUAGCGGCUUUGUUUUCAGCCGCAUCUAAGUAGCAUACACUGUAUAUAAGCUUCACCUACACACACACACACACACACACACACUGUAUAUAAGCUACACCUACACAGGAACAGAACAAAACAGCAUUCGCUCUAGACUGAGAGGCGGUUUUUAUCUUUGUAAACUUUGACCUGAUGUUUUGUAGACUAUUGUACAUUAUAAGCUGAUGUUGUUAUCUGACUAGACUCAUCUAGAGCAUGAUCGUUCACUGAGAGCUUUCACUAGUGUUUCCAUGAGAGCUUCAGGUUUUUAACGAGUCCAGUUUUACUGCAGUAUUUGUGCUUUGACUGGACACAGUGUCCAAGCCUACCUGCCUGCCUUUAUUGCUGGCAUGGCUAAGCCUAAAGCGUCACGAAGGACGAGAAGGCCGUGUUGGUUUCAGGCUGUAUCUCACUUUCGCUACGCUAGCCAGAAUUGCCCCAAGAGUGAAAGGCCACACUGCCUGCCAGGCCCACUGCUUUUCAGAGGUAGCCAUUCUUCAUGUGACAUGUUCAAGUCACUUUCUUUACCCUUACGCAACAGAGCUGGAUAGGAGGCCUCUUUGCAGGCUGUUGUUGUAAAGUGUUCUAGAAUGACAGUGAGCACUGUUCCGCUCACAUAUGCCACAUUCUCUUCUCUCUAGGAGAACGUUCUUGUCAAAUGUGUGCUUUGUUUCGCAUUAAUAAGUGAACAUUUUAUGUUUUAUUUUUGUAAAUAGUAUUUGUUAAUUAAAAUGUAGGUAACAGGG